AUGGCUGCAGAAAAUUUAUCACCAGCCUUUGUGCAAACCACAUUUGGUCAGAGCCAGACAGGAUCAUUCUGUAGUUAUCAGCUAACUCAUACAGAAGCAAAUUUUAGUGCCACCACUAACAUUGCCUCAAUUCCUCGAUUAAACAACUCUCCACCAACAGAACUGGCCUACCCCAGAUUUCCUUUAUCUGCAAUGGAUACAUUUGUUAUUUCUGAUAACCUGAAUGAUGCCGAAAAAGCACUCCUUCGUACUCUUGAAGUUAAUGAGAAUUCUUUUAACAGCAUCGAAUCUGCCAUGAGGGAGCAAUCAAAUUUUGAUUUCUGGAAGAAUGAGCUUAAAUAA